AUGGGUCGAAUCUCUGGAGUCGAAUCCAGUGCAUCAUGCACUUACAACAAGAUCGUCUACAACUUGAAACCAAGCGUCAAGCACAUGCGAACAUUCGGAUGUCAGACGUACAUACUGACGCCUAAAGAGAAUCGACUCAAGUGGGAUCCAAAGGCUUGCGCUGGCAUAUUCGUGGGCUACGAAGAAGUUUCGAAGGCGUAUCGUGUUUAUGACAUCGAGGCUGGGCAGGUGGUUAUCAGCCGCGAUGUCAACUUCGACGAGUCCACCUUUGGACUUCAACUGCCGAUCACUGAUGAAGAUGUCGAUGACCUGGACUUCGAAUUGCUGGAUCUUGAUGACGAAGAGCUGCGUCAAAUGGAGUACAAGCAAACAGGCAAGCGCAAGAACCGACUCAAUGAUGAAGAUACAGCAGCUCCACGACCGCGUGCAGUGCGUCAACGACCAGGACUUGAAGAGUCAAGCGCGCCGGAAAACAACUCGUCACACCAAGAAGAAGACAAUGAAACGAAGGAUUCUGGUGAUUCAAUACCGCCUGUGUUUUGGCGUGCGAGUGCAAAUGCCGUUGAAGCAGCAGUGGACUUAUCAGAGCCCUCAACAUUUGAAGCAGCAGUAAGCGGCCCUGACCAAGUGCACUGGAGAAAAGCAAUUCAUGCAGAGAUCGAGUCAAUGCGACUUCGCGGUGUGUUUCGUGCAGCCAAGCUGCCCAACGGACAACGCGCCAUGGGCACAAAAUGGGUGUUCAAGAUCAAGCGCAAGGCGGAUGGGUCAAUCGAGAAGUACAAGGCACGACUUGUGGCCAAGGGUUUCCGCCAAAAGCAUGGCAUCGACUACACGGAGACGUUUUCGCCUGUGGUCAAGUAUGUGACGCUGCGAAUGGUGAUCGCAAUUUCCAAGCAUUUUGGAUGGCCCAUCGACCAGCUUGAUGUGGUGACAGCUUUCCUGUAUGGCGUCAUGAAGGAACAAGUGUUCUGCGUGAUUCCUGAAGGCUUCGAACUUGACAUGUCAGGCUUCGACCCAUGUCUCUACAUCACGACAUCGGACGGCCAUUGCGUGUUUAUACUGGUCUACGUGGACGACGUCUUGGUGACUGGAAGCUCGCUCGAGCUGGUUGCACAAACCAAGCACGACCUGAAGACGCGGUUCGAAAUGACGGACAGCGGCAAGUGUGCGUUUGUUCUUGGGAUCGAGCUUUUGGACGGUGAAGAUGGCAGUGUGACACUAUGUCAGCGUCGGUAUGUCGAUGAUAUCCUCAAGCGCUUUGGCAUGGAUGAUUGCAAGGCAGUCGCAAGUCCAGUCGACAUGAGCUCUCGACUUGUUUCAAGUGAUGCAACUACCAAGGUCGAUGCUCCUUUUCGCGAAGCUGUUGGUGCGUUGAUGCACCUGGCCACUGCAACGCGUCCGGACAUUGCGUUUGGUGUGGGCUAUGUGUCGCGGUUCAUGGAAAAUCCCCAAGAAGAACACUGGGUUGCAGUUAAGCGUAUCUUUCGCUACCUACAAGGCACCAAGACGCAUGGAAUUUGCUACAAGCCAAGUGCAAGGAUCGACUUCCGUGGAUAUUCGGAUGCGGAUUGGGCUGGUGACCUUACCGACCGCAAGUCAACAUCGGGGUACACGUUCAUGCUACUCGGUGCGCCAGUGAGUUGGGGCAGCAAGAAGCAGCCAAGUGUUUCGUUGUCCACGACUGAAGCUGAAUACAUCGCACUCAGCUUGGCGAUUCAAGAGGGCAAGUGGAUUCAUCGUCUGCUUUGUGAGAUCGUGAUGGCUGCCAAUGAAGAAGGACCGGAACUCAUGAUUCAUGAAGACAAUCAGUCAUGUAUCAAGAUGACGAAGAACCCGGUCAACCACGGCCGUGCCAAGCACAUUGAUAUCAAGUACCAUCACAUCCGUGAUGAGGUCAAGCGCGGUGAAGUGAAGCUCAAGUAUUGUGAAACUGCGGUGAUGUUAGCGGAUAUCAUGACGAAGGGACUUCAUGGACCACGCCACAAGGAGAUGACGACGGCUCUCGGGAUUCGUGAGUAUUCGGAUUGA